AUGCACAGGCUUGCGGCCGCCUUUCUAGCCGCCGCGCCAGCUGCUCACGCCAUGUCGAUGUGCUGCGUCGGCGAUUGGAGUACCGCCCCAGGCCCGUACGCGAACUUCGACACCUCGACGAACACAGAGGAGCAGAACAGAGACGAGGAUAUCGGGUGCGCCACCUGCUGCCAGCCCUACGGUGACAGUACGCUUUACGGUCGGGAGGGAACGGAUCUCAUCUUUGAAGUCAAGGACUCCGGCACCUUCACUGCUGGUUACGGCACGGGUGGCGGUGCUGUGGCUGGCGGGGCCACACUCGAGGUGCAGUUCAGCCAACGCCAGGUUCGGCUCAGCCGGCCGCUUUCGAGUGACGAUGGCGAACCACUCGAGAUUGCCGCGGUUUACAAGGAGUCCAAAUUCGAUCCAUCUGCCUGGGCAGACACGUGCCGUCCAGGCCACGAUCCGGGCUUCCGCUUCGGAGCGUUCCAGUCAGGUACCUAUUUCGAUGGCAUAUGUGGCCUCAACGCGACUGCUUGGCAGGAACUCUUUUGCAACGACGGCGCCUAUAUCGACCACUCAGACGGUGAGUCUUGCGCCACGGUCCUGCAAGUUCUGCGCGACUCGUCGCAAGCUUGCGACAUGCUGCCCUCUGAGAUUGAGGCGAGAUCUGACAUCGAAUUUGAGCAGGACAUGACAUGGAAGGAUUUCACCACGGGUGCGGUGCUGGGGCAAGCGUGGGGGAUGCAAAAGGUUUUCAUCGGGGAGCAGACUGUGCUGGGCUAUCGCGACACCAGGUGCUUCCACACCUCUAGCGCGAACCUCACGGGCUGCACGGACGCUAUGGUCUCGCCCAACGGCUUGAAAUUCCAGCUCGAGCUCAACCAGCAGGACGCGCGGCAGAAUCUGCGCUACCCGGCCGGCUCCACAGACUUCUGGGACGCCUGUGAGGUGGACGGCGGCACGAACGACACCUGCGCGACGUGCUUCGCGGUCGCCGUCGCCGUGGACAAGGGAAGCCUCGCGGUCGAGAGUUAUUUGGCCAGUACCAGUGGCACAGUGGCUGCCCAGUGGCUCAGUGGGCUGCCAGAUUCGACCACCCCUUUCUUGGGUUGGCUCCUCGGGGACGCUGCCACAGGGGAUGAGUACACCUUUAUGUUCCCGUUUGAGAACCUGUACAACCGAAAUUCGAAUGGCAACGGCGUCAAUGCGCCCUCGGACUUUGCGAAGGGCGCGGUGGUGGCAAACGCGAGCGAAGAGUCGGGGGUCGUCUACGUGUGCGCGCCGAGGUCGGAUUUUGACAUUACGUCAACCGACCGAGACAAGGCCUUCUUGUAUGACCCGCAGGUCAUUACCAAGAAGACAAGCAGCGUCUCACCGUCGCCGCCUUUGUUGCCUCCUCCCUCGCCGCCGCCGCCGUCCGCCUCGCCCUCGCCACCGCCGCCGUCCGCCUCGCCCUCCCCAUCGCCCUCCCCACCCAUCGGAACCGGAACCGGAGACCCGUGCUUCCCAAGCUCGGCGACAGUGCAGACCGCCGAUGGCGAGGUCGUCCCCGUCUCCUCCCUCUCCGCCGGCGACUCGAUCCUCGCCGCGGCCGCCGACGGCACCCUUCGCACACUCGUCCACGACACGGUGUCCUCCUUCUCGCUGGCCGACCCGUCCGCCAAGGCAGUCUUCCUCUCGCUCGCCACCGCAACGGCGACGGUCACGCUCACCCCGACGCACAAGCUGCCCGCCGGCCCGGCAAAGGCGCUGAAAAAGGCGUCCAAGGUUGCCGUCGGCGAGACGAUCUGGCUCGCGUCGCCGGCUGCGGGCGCGCUCGCGCCCGUCCUCGAGAUUACCGAGGUGGUGGCCGAAGGGCUGCACAGCCCGCUCACCAAGCACGGAGGCUGGCCGGUCGUCGACGGCGUCGCAACCUCGUACAACAGCGCGGCCGUCGUCGCGCGCAACAAGUACCUCGUCCCGCUCGUCGAGGUGGUCUGCCCCUCCCUCGCCCGCCUCGUCGUGGCGGCCGCGAACCCCAAGGCGAUGCAUUACAUCGACGGCGAGGUGGUCGAGCCACUCUCUUCGCUCGUGGCCGCCGUGGCCGUCGCAGUGGGCGCCGUCUUUGCCGCGCGCAAGGCGAUGGCGCGCAAGUAA